CCCGAGGAGCCAUCGGAAGCGCAGGCCCCUUGGGGAGGAAGCCUAGACGGCGCUGAGGGCGGGCGCUGGACGCCCCCGGAGGCAGUAGCGGCCGGAGAGGCGAGGGAAGGGGCAGGAAACGAGGUUGGAGACUAACGGGGCCCUAGUAGGUGGGCUUGGAGGCCUCUGUGAAGGGGGAGCCCCAGGAGGGCUCUGAGCAGAGGUUCACCUUUGAGAAGAGUCAUUCCUGGCAGGGUCAGUCCUGGCAGGUGAUGGUGGCUUGGGCUAGGCGGGGGCAGCGCACGUGGGAGAAGGGGUCGGAUUCAGGACCUAGAGUGGAGGUGGAGCUGCCAGGGUUUGCUCAAGAGCCUGGCCCGGGGUGAGAGAAAGGGGAGGAGUCAGGGUCAAGGCCUUUGGCCAGAACAGCGUGGGGAGGGAGGGAGGUGCCCAAACCUAGAAGACCGAAUGAGGGCGGCUUUGCGAAGAGGAGGCUUGAGGGAAGUUGGAGACCCCGGGCAUGGUGGACAUUGGAAGGGAGGCGUAGAGAAGGCACUGGGCCUAGCAGUCUAGAGCUUUGGGGGGGAUGACCCAUUGCCGGUUGCCCUGAAGUUGAUUCGGACACACAGCGAGCCUAUUGGACAGAGUGGAAUUGCCCCGUAGGGUUUCCAGGGAGCAGCUGGUGGAUUUGAACUGCGAACCUUUUGGUUAGCAGCCUGAGCUUUUAACAACUGAGUCACCAGGGCUCCCUGGGAGGAUGGCAGUGGUAUAAACGUGGCAGAUCCACUGGCUGGUGAUCUCGCAGGGGAGGCACCCUACUGGAAAACUUGGGGGGAGGGGCGGUUAGAGAGCUAUCAGGUGAGCAUCAGUGGAGUGUGGUGGGAGACCAAGGGAAAGGAGGGCUUUUCGGAGACUCGAUGGAGUGGUUGAAAGGUUGGGCAUGACCAAGGAGGAGAACAGAGACUCCACUGGAUUUAGUAAUACGGAGGUGGCUGGUGACCUUGACAAAUGUAGGUGGUAGAGUAAGGAGAGGGAAUAGAGUACACCUGUGUAGACAACUGGGGACUAGUGCCCCACACUGUAUUUAGCUUAUAGAUAUUCAAAGGGUAUUUACUGGACACCUGUGAAUUAAGCAGAGCCCUGGUGGCACAGUGGUUAAGAGCUCCGCUACUAGCCAAAAGGUUGGCAGUUCUAAUCCACCAGCUGUUCUUUGGAAACCCUAUAAGGCAGUUCUACUCUGUCCUAUAGCACAUGAGUCGUAAUAGACUGGACAGCAAAUGGGUUUGGUUUUUGGGUUUCGUGAAUUUUGCAAGUUUUUGUAGUUCCUCUGUGUUAUGUAUAACCCACCAGCUGUUCCGUGGAAACCCUGCCCUAUGAGGUUGCUAUGAGUCGGAAUUGACUCAGUGGCAUUGGGUUUGAUUUGGUUUUUUUGUUUUGCAUUAUAAUACCAUGUAUUUAAAAUUAAUGUUUUCUGUAAAAUUUUUUCUCCCAAAUUCCUGAUAGAACUUCUCAUUUAUAUAUUUUUUGGAAUGGAUAGCAUACCCCUUUUUUUCUCACAGGCAACGUACAGGCAUUUUUCUUUACUUUUUUUUUUAAAUUCAUGAGGUGAACUUCAGGUUUCACAAGAAAGUCUCCUUACAGAAGAGACUGCCCUUACAAGGACUAAUGUCAUUGUAGGGAAUCUGCCCAGCCCCCGGAAAGCUCCCAGUGACUGGUGAUUUAAGUUUAUUUCCUCCCCUGAAGAUUCUCUUCUCACCCCAAGAUAAAACCAAGGCAGAGUAAUUGGUGGUUUCAUCACCCAGGGCAGCCUUCAGUGACUGUCCCCAGGUCCCUUGCACUCCAGGACUGAGUUCUCAGGCCUCAGACUCUCACAGUGGCACUGCCCUGCGCUUGUUUUCAGGCUCCAACAGAAUUGUAAGCUUCUGGAAGUUAGAACCACUGCCCACUCCCUAGAAAAACAGUCCAUUUCGAGAAUUAGUACUGCAAAGAGAACCUGAUGAGACCUCUCCAGAUUAUUCCCAGACCAUUAAUUUCCCAGCUGUAUUGUGGACUGAAGUCUCCAGCCUCUGCACAAACCAAGAUUUACCCAACCAUGGCUCGUCCAAGUUCAAAUAUGGCUGAUUUUCGGAAGGUUUUUGCAAAAGCAAAGCACAUAGUCAUCCUGACAGGGGCUGGUGUUAGCGCUGAAAGUGGGGUUCCGACUUUCAGAGGAGCUGGAGGCUAUUGGAGAAAAUGGCAAGCUCAGGACCUGGCGACUCCUCAGGCCUUUGCCCGAGACCCAUCACGGGUGUGGGAGUUUUACCACUACCGGCGAGAGAUCAUGCAGAGCAAGGACCCAAACCCCGGGCACCUUGCCAUCGCCGAAUGCGAGGCCCGGCUGCGUGGCCAGGGGCGGCGGGUGGUGGUCAUCACCCAGAACAUUGACGAGCUGCACCGCAAGGCUGGCACCAAGAACCUUCUGGAAAUCCACGGUAGCUUAUUUAAAACUCAAUGCACUGCUUGUGGAAAUGUGGCCAAGAACUACAAGAGUCCAAUUUGUCCAGCUUUAUCAGGAAAAGGUGCUGCAGAACCUGGAACUGAAGAUGCUAGAAUCCCAGUUGACAAACUUCCCCGAUGUGAGGAGGCAGGGUGUGGGGGCCUGUUGCGGCCACAUGUCGUGUGGUUUGGAGAAAAUCUGGAUCCAGCCAUUCUGGAUGAGGUGGACCGAGAGCUCGCCCUCUGUGACUUAUGUCUAGUGGUGGGAACAUCCUCUGUGGUUUAUCCUGCUGCCAUGUUUGCCCCCCAGGUGUCUGCCAGGGGAGUACCAGUGGCUGAAUUUAACAUGGAAACCACCCCAGCCACAGACAGAUUCAGGUUUCAUUUCCAGGGACCUUGUGGCACAACUCUUCCUGAAGCCCUGGCCCGUCAUGAAACAGCAACUGUCUCUUAAUUGUCCUGGGGAAGGAAGAAAUAAUAGUCCAUCUGGGCCACGAUGCGAGAGAAACAAUC